AUGAGCGACAACCAACUACUGUGUAACUUCAGGUCAUGUCGCCGCCCGCUGGAUGACUUUGCCUGGGUCACCUUCUGCUCCCACAUAUUCUGCGAUAACCAUGGCAAACCUCUCACCCAGACACCGUGUGAGUGCUCAGCGUGUGGGGCCAGACUGGUGGACAAGACUGACAUUCACCGAGUGGACUUAGAACCUUCUGAACAGUUUAAGAGUAUGGUGUUGGCAGGUCUCAGGCCCAGCACGGUGAUGGAGGUGUGUCACAGAGCCCUCGCCUUCUGGUCCCAUCAGAUGGAUCAGGAAUUAAACCACCAGAGACACCUGAACCAAAAGCUGAGGGAACGAGCUCACCAUGUCCACACUUACUAUGAACAGGAGAUGAGAGCCCGCGAUGAACACCUCAACCUACUCACUGGUCAGCUGGGAGCCUUGCAGAGGGACCACGACAAGUGCAACAAACAAAAACAAUCUUUGAACGAACGUCUGAGUGAAAAGACUCGUCAGUACCACAAACUACAAGAUCUGUAUGACUGCCUGAGGAAGAGGACGGGUCAGAUAAGGGCGAGGUCUUGCUCCCCCCCGCCUGGUACAUCCACCGCCAUCUCCACCACUUGUCUCAGCAUGGUGCAGAUGGAUGGGGCUCCUCAACCACCUAACAUGUUACCCCCAACACGCCUGGCCUUGAUAGAGGGGGUACCACCUACUGGCUCUCUCUCACCCAGGAAGCCACAGUCUUAUCAGGUACUUACAGAGUUCACCUUCCAGCCAUCAAUCUUCACUGAGCCUGGUGAUCCAAGUGACCUGCAUGGUGAUGGUGCACCAGUCUGA